AUGGAGACAUUGUUAAGAAUUAUACCGAGAACUCCAUUAAAAGUGACUACUUCUAGAUUGUUAUUAAAUCAUGUAGCAAAUUAUACAAGAUUGGCUGAGGUAGGAAAACUCGAGCCUCCAAAGGCGUCAGGGAAAUAUGAUACAGGCCAGUUAAUUUUACACAAGGUGUUUGGUUAUCGAGGAGUGAUUCUGUUCCCUUGGUUGGCACGAGUGUAUGACAGAGAUGCCACCAAUAAGAAGGAGACCAAGGACUCCACGGCUACCACGGAAGCUUCAGGAGACUCCUUGUCUAACGUUGGAAAGGAAGUCAAGGGCAGAACACACACAUUCUAUCAAGUCCUUAUUGACACUAGAGAUGCACCUUACAUACGAGCGCAAACAGAAGCAGUGACCUUCCUCGGUAACCAAGAGUCAAGCCGGAGUUUAUAUGCCAUCCCUGGGCUGGACUAUGUGGCACACGAUGACAUCAUUCCCUAUACUUCCGUAGAACGAGUUCCACUGCAGCAUGAGCUGUUUGACAAAUUCCUUAUGCAUAAUGCUGAUAAAGACCCUCCUUUUAUAGCUCAAGAGACUCUUCGAGCCUGGCAAAAGAAGAACCAUCCUUGGCUAGAACUAAGCGACGUACAUCGAGAGACCACAGAGGGCGUCCGUGUUACCGUCAUACCAUUCUACAUGGGCAGCCGCGAGUCACAAAACUCUGCAGUGUAUUGGUGGCGUUAUUGUAUUCGUCUGGAAAACUUGGGUUCGCAAGCGGUGCAGCUCCGCGAGCGACACUGGCGUAUAUUCUCUCUGAGCGGCACGCUGGAGACAGUGCGUGGCCGCGGCGUGGUGGGGCAGGAGCCAGUGCUCGCGCGGCACUCGCCUGCCUUCCAGUACAGCAGCCACGUCAGUCUGCAGGCGCCCAGCGGACAUAUGUGGGGUACAUUUAGAAUGGAGCGGGAAGACGGUUACACAUUUGAUUGUAGGAUUCCACCAUUUUCAUUGGAGAGCAAACCGGACGAGAACGUACCGCCUGCGCCUACGCCGGCCGCGUGA